AGAUUCAUAUACAUCAUACAGAAGGCAGUGCUCCAAAACAAACAAAACAAAUUCCAAACAUGUAAUGUGAUGUUUUCAAAAUGUUCUACUAUAUUUUGAAUUAAAAAAACUAUUACUUAGUACUUUUUAAUAACUUAAUUUGAAAGCAUUGUUUUAGUUUUCAUUUGCACAAAAAUGGAAAAGAACAGCAGUCGCAAAAGCAAGCUGAUCUACAUAGACGAGAGGGGCUCGCAGUCCAGUUGCAGUGCGACGGACGAGUACAUAGCGCGCGAAAUUCAAAAAAUCGAGCUGGUGUUCAAAGUUGAAGAGGAUGAGUUGGCUAAGCAACGGGCUCGCCGUAACGGUAACAACCUGGGUUGGUCGGACGGGUACGUGUCGUCCUGUGACGAGAUCGACACGGUCCGUCGCUGCAGCGACACCGAGUUCAGCGACCAUGACAGCGAGCUGCUGGCCAACUUUGAUUCGCUGGUGAGGAAGACGACGUCGCCUUUUCUGUUUCGCAACGAGAAGAUGGAGCCUCUGUCGUUUGUGCUGCUGCUGAACGACACUAUCGCCGAACGUCGGUUGGCGAAGCUCAUUCAACGAGGUGGCGGACAAGUGUACCCGAAAGUGAGACAGAUGGACGACUACAGCAUAGUAGUAGUGAAGGACCAACUGCUCACUAGUCACGUGGGACCUGUGUUCAGACUCGAGUACCUGUUGCGGUGUAUUUCGCGCAACAAAAUCGUCUCAGUCAACCCCUACCUGAGGACAUUCGAUAACGCACCACCUCUACACAAGUACGACUACAUGAAGAUUGUCUACUUCAAACAGGUCGGGUGGAGUGAGCUGCCGCAACAUAUUCUGCUGAACAAACCCCACAACAAAGUGAAGUUCGAGAAGAGAUCUACCAUCCCUCGACCUCCACCCACCCCUCCACCUACCACCCAAGAUAUCAGUGAUGAUGAUGAAGUCAUCCCCCAAACCCCCUCGAAAAAAGUCAUUGUUCCAUCACAGAAAAAGUUCAGACGUUUGCAGAACUUGAAUGUUGAUGAUAAUGAUGAUGAAGAUGAUGAUGAUGAAGUCGUUCCUCAAAUCCCCCCGAAAGAAGUCAUUGUUCCUUCACAGAAAAAGUUCAGACAUUUGCAAAACUUGAAUGUUGAUGAUGAUGAUGAUGAUGAUGAUGAGGUCGUUUCCCAAAUACCCCCGAAAAAAGACAUUGUUCCAUCACAGAAAAAGUUCAGACGAUUGCAAAACUUGAAUGUUGACGAUGAUGAUAUUGAGGUCGUUUCCCAAAUCCCUCCGAAAAAAGACAUUGUUCAGUCACAGAAAAAGUUCAGACGUUUGAAAAUGUCAGAAUCCUCUUCUGAUGAUGACGUCAUCUCCCAAACCCCCUCGAAAAAAGACCCUGUUCCAUCACAGAAAAAGUUCAGACGUUUGCAGAACUUGAAUGUUGAUGAUAAUGAUGAUGAUGAUGAUGAUGAAGUCGUUCCUCAAAUCCCCCCGAAAAAAGACAUUGUUCCAUCACAGAAAAAGUUCAGACAUUUGCAAAACUUGAAUGUUGAUGAUGAUGAUGAUGAUGAUGAUGAUGUUGAGGAGGUCGUUUCCCAAAUACCCCCGAAAAAAGACAUUGUUCCAUCACAGAAAAAGUUCAGACGAUUGCAAAACUUGAAUGUUGAUGAUGAUGAUGAGGUCGUUUCCCAAAUCCCCCCGAAAAAAGACAUUGUUCAGUCACAGAAAAAGUUCAGACGUUUGGAAAUUUCAGAAUCCUCUUCUGAUGAUGACGUCAUCUCCCAAACCCCCUCGAAAAAAGACCCUGUUUCCCCAUCACAUAAAAAGUUUAGUCAUUUCAAAGUUUGGGCGGGCAAUGACGUCAGUAGUAGUGAAGACUCAGAUUUUGAACGCGAUUCGAAAGUGCAAAAUGUUCCAGAAAUGAAGAAAGUGAAACGGUCAACAGUGAACAAACACACGCGAAUGAUGUACUCUGAUGCGGAAGACUGCAGUAUUGUCAAGUAUAUUGCUGACAACGAUGGAUACAAUAGUGUGAAAGGGACUCUACUGUGGCGGGACAUGGAGAAAGUCAACAUUUGCCCGAAACGAACCUGGCAGAGUAUGAAGGAACAUUUCUUGAAGAAAGUUAUGUACAACACUAACUCGUAUAAGUUUCUCACUGAUGGACAGAAACGUAAAUUUCAAAAGUUAUUGUUGAAGUAAUGAUUUCAUGCUAUGCGAAUGCGUACUUACAACCUGUAGGCCUAUUCAGUUACUAAUUUUUAUUUGCAUUUUUUAUAAUAUAUAUAUUACCAAUAUAAUCAAUCCAUACAGAAAUUUUUAAGAUAACUAGAAGACAGAAACGUAAAUUUCCAAAGUUAUUGUUGAAGUAAUGAUUUCAUACUAUGCGAAUGCGUGCUUAAAACUUGUAUUCAGUUACUAAUAUUUAUUUUUUAUAAUAUUACCAAUAUAAUCAAUCUAUACAAAAAUUUUUAAGAUAACUAAAAGACAGAAACGUAAA